CUUGUUGCCGAGCAUGACAGAUGCUCGGCUGAGAAUGGAGCGGCGAAGACCCAGUGGACGUGAGCAAACAGACGUCGGCCCAAAACAACAUGCAGGCCAGUCCAGCGGACCCUUUUACUGAGCUCGCACGAUGCCAUGGGAAAGCCGGCAUUUGCAGUUCGCGGACCUUGCGCGGCAGCUGGGCCUGGAGGACGUGGAUCGCGGAUCGCUGCCCUGGAUGGUGGCUCACCACAUGUUGGAGCUGCCUUUGCCGCCCGAGUGGUCAGAGGAGUUGGACUUCUCAGGGCAGCCUUACUACUUCCACAGCUUGACGGGAGACACGUCAUGCAGCCACCCGCUGCUGGGGAUGUUCAAGAGCAUCAUCGCAGAAGUGGCGGCCUGGCCCCAAGAGCCGCGGCUGGAAGAGGCCGCCGCGCUUGCCGGGCGGCACCUGCAGCGUGCUCAUGGCUUCGCCUUCCAGGAGCUGCUGCGCUGGAGCGGCCCACAUAGCAUCGAAGCAGGUCGCCGGCCAGACCGCGCGGCGGCCGACCACCGGGACGUGUACUUCUGCAACCUGGCCACCGGGGAAUGCAGCCGGGAGAAUCCACAUGCGAUGCUGGACUUCGAGCUGCGGCAGCGCCGCAGCUUGCUGAGCCGCUGCCUGGCGGCCUUCCCUCCGUCCAAAUCGGAGGGCGCGUCCCAGGGCUCCACCGACGCGGAGGAAGGCAGCGAGAGAGAGAUGUCGCCCGCCAUCCGGGUCUUCGCGCCCGACUCCAAGCCGCACCUGGUGCUGCCGCCGCGCGGGCUUUCGGGCUGCCUCUCACAGGCAAGUCAGCGUGCAUACGGCGACGAGAGCUGCAAAAGCCAAGCGUCAUUCUACAGCGCAACAUCUGCAGAGGAGGCGCCAUUUGUUGGACAGGAUCCGGAGCGGCCUUCCUUGGCAUCAGGCGAACCUGGCGCUUUUGUGACAGCUUGCUGAGCUCGUUGGAAAAAGUGUUCGGUGGAGAAAUUGGAGCCUGCCGUGAACGAGGCUGGAGCAGUCCAAGAAUUUGAGGUCCUUUCCUGGCUCCCCUUCCUUCACCCUCCAACCGGCCGGCCGAGCCGGCCCCGUGGAUGGACACGAGAAAAACGCGCCAUUUUCCGAGCCUUGGCGCUGGUGUCAGCGGCCCGGCCCCAAAGGGGCAACUUGCUUAAGCGAAGUUUCUUUAGCCCGGCGCAAGGAGCGCUUGCAAG